AUGAAAUCGGAACAGGAAGUGAUCGCCGAGUUUAACCAAUACGUCAACAUGUCCGCGUCCGAACUGGAGGAAUGGCUCCACACUGAGUCGGCUACGGGUGCGGGGUGGAGGGCUGACGAGUCAGGGGAGACGGUGGGGCAUGAGAGUGGGCGUAAGAUCGUCGAUAUCCUUAAGCGGAACCCUUCUAAGACUGUAGAAAAGUAUACCGAGGACGAUAUCGCCCAUAUGCGCAAGGUCGUGUCCUACUGCAAGCGCCACCUAGCGCAAGAAGAGAAGCUAAAGGAGAGCAAGAGUGCACAAGAGCUGGCAGAUACGAAGAGCACUAGGUCGCUUAAGAAUUGGGGACAUGAUCCUUUGAAGACUUUGUGA